UGGGACUUUUUCCAUCAAACUUACCACUUUUCCUGUCCUUUGCCACAGAAAAGCAUUCGUGUGUUUCUGGAAGGGGCACCGACUACCGGGGCAGCCAUCACCAAACAGCAUCUGGGGUGACUUGUCUGAGAUGGGACUCCCACAUCCUUGCCAAGAAAGUUUACAAUGCCUUCCAUCCUGAUGCCCAUCAUCUAGGCCUCAGCAGCCACAACUAUUGCAGGAAUCCUGACAAUGACACUCGGCCGUGGUGCCACACGUUCAAGGAUGGUGUGACAAAAUGGGAGUACUGUGACGUGCCAGCCUGCUCCACUUGUGGAUUGAGGAAGCACAAAGUGGCUGAGAUCCAGAUCAAAGGAGGCGUAUAUUCAUAUAUUGAGUCCCACCCAUGGCAGGCGGGCAUUUUUGUGAAGUCCCGAGGUGCAGAGGGCUACCUCUGUGGUGGGAUCCUCAUCAAUUCCUGCUGGAUCCUCUCAGCUGCUCACUGCUUUACAGAGAGGAUCGACCCUGGUCGCCUCAAGGUUGUCUUGGGCCGGACGUUCCGCGUGAUCUCAUCAGACACGGAACAGGUCUUCCAAGUGGAGAGAUACAUUGUGCACGAGAAGUUCAAACCCCAGACUUUCGAUCACGAUAUUGCCCUGCUGAAGUUGAAACUCUUUUCCGAAAACUGUGCUACGGAAACUGACAGCGUCCGCCCCGUCUGUCUCCCGGAGGCUGGACUCCAGUUGUCUGACUGGACGGAAUGUGAGGUGUCCGGCUAUGGCAAGCACGAAGCAUCUUCUCCUUUCUUCUCAGAACGUCUGAAGGAAGGACAUGUGAGGCUCUAUCCAGACAGCCAAUGCACACCUGCACGACUUGCAAACAGGACAGUCACCAAGAACAUGUUGUGUGCAGGGGACACCCGAGAACUUGAUGACGCCUGCAAGGGCGACUCUGGAGGCCCACUGGUUUGUCUGAACGAUGGCCGCAUGAAGUUAAUUGGGAUCAUCAGCUGGGGCGUGGGUUGCGGCAAGAAAAACACUCCAGGCGUCUACACAAGGGUGGUCCACUACUUGGACUGGAUUCAGGAGAAGAUGCGUACCUGAGUCUUUUGGAGUUUGCUCCAGGACCUCCUUGCGUCAGGGAAACACACACUGGAACGGUGUUUCUCAACCUUGGCCACUUGAAGAGGGGUGGGGAAUCCAUGGCUGGCUAGGGAAUUCUGGGAGUUGAAGUCCACCCCUUUUCAAGUGGUCAAGGUUGAGAAACCCUGCACUGGAAACUCGAGUGGGAAGCUGGUGUUACACAUGGGGAGGACACACACUUGUGCAGUACCUUCUUCCUGUUACAAUGAGUUCAAGGUGUGUUGGGAGCUGGACUAAAACCAUGGUGGUGUUUUUUCAAAAAGCAUUUCUAUGCUUACCUAAGACCAGACACUUAUUUGUUCCAACCAUAUUGACAUCUGGGAAUUGCCUGUGCCUCCAGUUAUCUUGAGAAGUUCUGCUUUGGGAGAGUCUGUGUAUGAGGACCCUAUGCUGGUCUUGGGGUUCCUGGAAUAUGCUUGCCCUGCUUGCUUUUUUAAAGUCUGCUCUCUGUAAAUUAAGGGAAGCAUUUCAAGGUCUUUUGUACAAAACUGAAGAAAUCCUAGGGAGAAACCCAAAUCAUGGAAUUAGUUGCUACAAAGUUUAAAAAAAAAACACAACAGGAAUCAGUAAUCACUUCAGGCACCACUCUCUCAAUAAAGCUUCAGAAAUUAUUUUUAUAUUUUGUAGAUACUUAACAUUUUCUGUAUAAAAUCAAAUCCCCAUUUCCCGGUGUGCAGAAUGACAGGGGUCUUCUGUUCUUCAAGAAGACUAUUGAGUAUUGCCUCUUGUAUGUUUUAAUGCAUUAAACUAUUUUGAUUUACUUGAUGUUGUCCUUGAAUUGCUCAUUGCACAUCACACCAUGUGUAAUAGAGUUUGCCUGCCAUGUUUCUCUGUGAUUUACACGGAUUUAGGGGGCAAGGAGUGAAAUGCCCACAGCUAUAUCAGGAUUGGGGUGGGUUCUUGGCUAAUAACCUGCAAUUCUCAGUUUAACAGCAGCAACCGGGACUG